CCUGACCCACCCCACAAGUCCCUAUGGGCCCCGCGGGGGGCACAGCGAGGCCGGGACGCUUUUUCGGCGUCUACCUGUUGUACUGUCUGAACCCUCGGCACCGGGGCCGCGUCUAUGUGGGGUUCACUGUCAACCCUGCUCGUCGAGUACAGCAGCACAACGGGGGCCGCAAAAAGGGCGGGGCCUGGCGGACCAGCGGGCGAGGGCCCUGGGAGAUGGUGCUCAUCGUGCACGGCUUCCCGUCCGCAGUGGCCGCUCUUCGGUUCGAGUGGGCCUGGCAGCACCCGCAAGCCUCUCGCCGCCUGGCGCACGUGGGUCGGCGCGUGCGCGGAGAGGCUGCCUUCGCUUUCCAUCUACGCGUGCUGGCGCACAUGCUGCGCACGCUGCCCUGGGCGCGCCUCCCGCUCACUCUGCGCUGGCUGCGCCAGGACUUCCACUGCGAUCUCAGCCCGCCGCCGCCUCCGCAUGUGCCCCUGGCUUUUGGGCCUGUGCCACCUAGGGCCUCAGCCCCGAAGCACUGCACUGUUCCCUUGGCUGACACCCAGCCCAAGCCCGACCCGGACCAGGGUGCCGAGGCCUGCUGUGCCCUGUGUACUAACCAGCUCCAGGAUGAAGAGGGCCCCCUGUGUUGCCCCCACCCUGGCUGUACGCUAAGGGCUCACAUAAUCUGCUUGGCAGAGGAGUUCCUUCGGGAAGAACCAGGGCAGCUUCUGCCCCUAGAGGGCCAGUGCCCUAGCUGUAAGAACUCACUGCUUUGGGGAGACUUGAUCUGGCUGAGCCAAAUGGGUAUAGAGGAAGAAGUCUUGGAAUUAGAAGAGGGACACUGGACAGACAUGCUGAAGACCUGAUCUCAGCAUCUCCAACCCUCCCCUGCUCCUUUUCUGUGUCUCCCCUAUGGGUCUGGGCACUUUUACCUGAAUAUAA